UUUAAUCCAGAUGCAUACAUUCACGUACACCCAAGAAACACGUCGUACCCUUACGAGGAGCUGAUCGCCCGGAGCAGAUAUGCCCAUUUUAUGGCGUGUUUAUAUCAUCUUUUUGUCACUUGGUUAUACCGUGUGCUCGUCUCAAGCGACAAAGUAUGAAAGCAUAACUGAUGAUGACGACGAGAAGAAGUUAUUACACUACUUAUUUGAUAACUAUGACCCAGAAAUCCAUCCUGUACUGAAGAAAACUGACACAGUGGAAGUGAAGUUUGGCAUCUCGCUCCAUCAGAUCAUUGAAGUGGAUUUCAAAAAUCAAAUCGUCAAGAGUAGUGUUUGGAUAAGACAGGCCUGGAAUAAUCCGUUCUUAAGGUGGAAUAGUUCAAACUUUGGUGGUAUAAAAACCAUUAACGUGCAUGAGUCGAAACUCUGGAAGCCUGAUAUAUUCUUGUACAACAAUGUAGAUGACUCUGACGAUGGCGCUCUGGAUCGUUUCAAGACUAAACUUGUCCUAGGGUCAAACGGAAACAUUAUGUGGAUGGCGCCAAAAAUCCUGACCAGCUCCUGUAAAUUUGACGUCACUUACUUUCCUUUUGACAAACAGAUCUGUACAAUGAAGUUCGGGUCAUGGACAUAUGACGGUCUCAGACUUGACCUUAUCCCAGAAGGAGGAAAAAAUGUUUGUGAUGGAGACAUUAAGAAGUUCAUCAGACACGGAGAAUGGGACCUAAUAAGCAUGCCCUGCAGUCGUAACGAACUUGUUUAUGCGUGUUGUCCAGAGCCUUAUCCGGAUAUUACUUACACCAUGACGUUAAGAAGACGACAUAUGUUUUAUUUUGUGAAUAUGAUCGCUCCUUGCUUUCUAAUAUCAGCGCUGACUCUGUUGUCCUUUUACCUUCCACCUGAGUCCGGUGAGCGUCUCACACUAGUUAUUACAAACCUUCUGGCCUUGACCGUUUUCAUGUUACUGGUGGUGGAGAUUAUACCGGCGACCUCAGAGACUGUACCUCUUAUCUCAGUCUACUUUUAUGGCAGUGUUUUUGAGGUGGCUUUGGCUCUCGUCGCAACAUGCCUCGUCUUAAGGUGCUAUUUCAACAACCCCUCACAUACACCCGUUCCGAACUGGGUGCGUCAUGUAGUGUUGGGAUGGAUGGCUCGACUUACAAAGGUGCCAGUUAAGAAAAUCUUGCGCGGUAUUGAUCCCAAAGAACCCUCAGAGAAAGACCCAAAGAAAGACGAGAACGAAAACUCCGAACCUGUGACUGUUAUUCACGGGAAGAUUCCAAACACCUCGCGUCGUAAUUCCUCACGUGAUCACCUCUCAAGCUCACAGCAGCUGCAUUUGAAAAACACGUCACCCAACCUACCUGGCGAUAUACAACCAAGGUUAAACCUUUUGCCGUCAAUUCAGCGAGUCAGACACGCGAAUCGUUUGAGCAUGCCGCACUUUUACGAUGGUAUUCAAGUCGGUGGUGCCAUGAAUGAUCUGAUUUGCAGCCACGCAGCCUCGAGGCACAAUCUUCUAGACACCGCCCCAAAGUACCAUCCAAAGCACGUUUACGAAAAUCAUGUGAAGUCAACAGAAGACGUUAGAGGUAUUGCUGAUAGCACGACAAGAGAACUGUUAGAGACUCAGACAAAUCUCUCCAAAGAUGUGGCCGAAGUGGUGCGAUAUAUUCAAGACCAAGAGAUGAGUGACCUAAUGAAGGAAGAAUGGCAACUAAUAGCUAUUAUCAUUGACAAGUUUUUCCUCUGGUUGUUUUUGUUUAUUCUGUGUGUUUCUACGGUAAUCAUCUUCAUGCAAGCUCCAAGCUACGCAUGGUCUUAGAAAUCUGAUAUCAGAUGUAGCUUAAAAAAGGUUUUUUUUUACUGUUUUUUUUUACUGUCCUUCAUCAACAAUGUCUUGGUAUCUAAGUGCAUACGAGGCUAUUUUAUUCUUAUAAAUUAUUUCUAAGGGGAGAGGGGCACAUGUGCUCUGAGUCCUCCCCUCCCAGGACCUUUGUGCGCCUUUGCUUGAAGUAACAGAGAUACCCACAGUCAAGACAGUUAGACAGAAUGAGGGGAAAACAAUCAGUGCCUUCCUAGUAAAAAUUACUUUUAAAAUAUUCCAACAUGGCUAAAGUAGAAAGUGACAUGAAAAUCAGGUACCUAUAAGCACAGGAAAACAGUAGGCGUGAUAUAUUUGCUGAGAAAAUUUAUAUUAAAGGAAAAACGCCGCCUCCGAACCACAUUAUGAAAUAUUGAGGUGACUUACCCAUGCGAAUUUUUCGAAAAAGAACGUUUUGGGAUAACAAUCAGUUUGUUGCAUGGGAUUCAGCUGGUUAGAACUCGAAUGCAAAAUUAAGCGAAGGAGCAAUUUCCUAUUUUUUUUUUGCCUAGUGCACUGCUCCUUAAUGCAAACUAAACCCAAGGCAGAGCACAUAAAUGACAAAAGGGCCGAUCAUGCCGUGACCAGUUGACACCCGAAAUUUCCUUCAAAUGAGCCUACCGCAUGCAUACAUGAGGGCCCUGCCUAGUAAUGUUUGAUAAUAUACCUACUAAUUGCUUCUUAGCUGAUGUGGGAGUUGCAUACUAAACAUUUGUAAGUAAACAGUUUUAUGGUUUUUAUUUUUAGUUGGUGUGAUUACCAAGCUGAGUAUACUAAGUGAUUGCUUCAUUAAGUGCGUCUCUUUUACAUAAUUGUAUAUUUCUGUUUUUGAAGAGUAGAUCUAAUCAAGGCUAUAUCUACCAUUCUUCAAAGCUGUACAAUUGAUUAGUUAUAGCCGUAAUUUAUAACACCGUUGUGUUUGAUAAAAACAGUAAGACAUGUAAAGUUAUGCUAUCAAUUAGGAUCUGCUGCGUUCAGUUUCUGUUUUAUGCAGUUUUCCACCGUAUGCAUACACUCUAAAAAUUCACCCACUUCGUUCAUGUUAAGACCAUCAACCUUGAAUUAAAGAUUUUUUUACUGCAACUAU